UGGCACUGGUGGUUGACGGUUGUACCGGAAAUUGCCGGCCAUCAACCACCAACCUGCGGUUGCGGGACCAGUGCAACCGAGCAGGGCCUUAAGGUUCACAAAGAAGUAGGCAAUUUGAUUGACUGGUAUAACAUCCAGUAUUAUGGCUUACAGGACUAUGAUAACUGUAAUAGCCUCCUUUACAAGUCAUCUAGCAACUGGCCUGGUACGUCACUGCGGGAGAUUGCACAGAAAGGUAUACCACAGCAGAUGCUUGUCAUUGGCAAACCAGCGACGCAGGCAGACGCAUCAAAGGGAUACAUGGCUCCAGACCUGCUUGCCAUCUGUGUUCAGCAAGCAAAGGGGAAGGGCUGGUCCGGCGGUGUGAUGGUCUGGCAAUACCCGAAUGCCGAUGCAAAAUGGAUUAAGGCCGUUCGAGCAAAGUCGUGGCCGGUGAAGUCAUAA